AGAAAUAAGCAUGCAUUGUGUAAGUUGAUUGACUUUGAAGCAGACAAAGCUAUUCAGUUAAAAGAAAAUAAAAUAAUUCAUAUUAAUUGACAAUGAAGCUUGUUUUACUCAUAAUUAUCAGUUUGGCACUUUUAUCCAGUACGUCAUCGAGUCCUACCUAUCGUUCUACUGACUAUGGUUCAUCACGCAUGCGCAUCAUUAAUGAGCCUUCCAAUCAGGUACCAUUAUCAUAUCCAGGACCACCAGGACCCAUAGGACUACAAGGAUCACCAGGGCCAAAGGGACCACCGGGACCACCAGGAAUACCAGGACCUCAAGGACCACCAGGAGAAGUAGGUCCACAAGGACCACGAGGACCACCAGGACCACGAGGACCGCAAGGACCACCAGGACCAGUAGGACCACCAGGAUUGUCAGGAUAAUUUUAUAUUCGAGUU